AUGUUAAAAGACUCCUUUUCAAAACUGAAACACGAAGAAAUGUUAUGCGUUGAUGAACAGGUUGUUCCUUAUAAAGGUAAAUUAUCUAUUAAACAAUACAACCCAAUGAAACCCAAAAAAUGGGGAUUUAAGAUUUAUGUUUUAUCAGGAGUAUAUGGUCUUGUACACAACUUUGAAAUUCAUACUGGCCCUAUUGAUGCGUGUCUUGGGCAACCUGAUUUAAAAGCAUCAGGAAACAUUGUAAUAAAUUUAUUAGUAAAUGUCUCAAGCCAAAAAUGGCAUAAGUUAUACUUCGAUAACUGGUAUACUAGUUUAGAAUCAGUCAAAACACUGUUUACACAGAGAAUUGCAUGUGUUGGAACUGUACGUUCUAAUCGAUUAAAAAAUAUAGAAUUACCAACAGAUAAAGUUAUGAAAAAACAAGGGAGAGGAUUAGCUACCUUGUUGACCACAAAUGUUGACAACGUUGAACUGCGUGUCGUAAAGUGGUUCGAUAAUAGGGGGGUAACAUUACUUUCAUCCUAUGUGGCAGUAAACCCACUAUCUACUGUUCAGCGAUGGGAUCGCAAGACAAAAUCGAAAAUAAAUGUAACAAGACCUUCUAUCGUCUCAACAUACAACAGCUUUAUGGGAGGAGUUGACUUAUUAGAUUGUCUAUUAAGCUUAUAA